GGUCCUGGGCGAGCCGAGCGCCGCGCUCCCGGCUCCGGCUUCCUCCCGCUCGUCGCCGCGGCGGACUCGCCGUCGGGGCUGCCGGGCGAUGCUCUCGCUUGCAAGAUGCCGGUCAAGCUCAGGAUCCGCUACAACCUGGUGGACGACGCCGGAGACGCGCGGCUGCCGCUGCACAACGAGGAAGCCUUCCAGCACGGGAUCCACUUCCAGGCCAAGUACAUUGGCAGUCUGGACGUGCCAAGACCCAACAGUCGCGUGGAGAUAGUGGCCGCGAUGAGGAGGAUCCGGUAUGAAUUUAAGGCCAAGAACAUCAAAAAGAAGAAGGUCAACAUCAUUAUCUCGGUGGACGGAGUGAAGGUGAUCUUGCGCAAGAAGCAGAAGAGAAAGGAGUGGGCCUGGGACGAGGGGAAGAUGGUGGUCAUGCAGGAUCCUGUUUACAGGAUUUUCUACGUCUCUCACGAUUCCCAGGACCUGAAGAUCUUCAGCUACAUCGCCAGGGAUGGUGCCAACGACUCUUUCCGGUGCAAUGUCUUCAAAUCCAAGAAGAAGACGCAGGCCAUGCGGGUGGUCCGGACGGUGGGCCAGGCCUUCGAGGUCUGCCACAAGCUGAGCCUCCAACAUGCCCUGCAGGAUGCCGACGGCCAGGCAGACGGAGCCAGCAACAAUUCUGCGGACGACCCCCAGGGGGAAGGUUUCCAGCUGGCCGGGGCAGCGAUGGCCGGCGAAGAAAACGGUCCCGAGGGGGCAUUUGCGCCCGACUUUGGAGCCCGUGAGCUGCGCUUGGCCCCACCCAACCUGGGGGUGCCGCAAUCUGGUGUGAUCCUGAAGGACAGGAGCAGACAGGAAAACGAGGCCGGGUCGCUCCGCCCUUCCACCGCACAGCCGCUGGGCAGCCCCGCAAGCCCCAGCUCGCCCGCCUCCGUGACCCCGCUGGCCUCCCAGCACUGCCUCCAGCUCCUCCAGCACCAACUCCUGCAGCAGCAGACGCAGACGCAGGUGGCUGCGGCUCAGGUGCAGCUAUUGAAAGACCAGCUGUCGGCCGAAACCGCGGCCCGCGUUGAAGCCCAGGCCCGUGUCCGGCAGCUCCUGAUGACCAACCGCCACCUCCUCCAGCACGUCUCCUCGCUGGUGAGGCAGCUCAAGGAGCUAGAGAUCAAGGUACACCUGCGGCAUCCAGUUGACCGUUCCCUGCCGAACCUGACCGUGGCGCAGUCCCUCUCCCUCAACUUAAAGAACCACUACAGCCUCGAAAUCAACCUGCUGUCCGCCUCGACGCCCGCCAGCGCCCUGGGCAGCCCCGUGGCGCCGAUGGGCGGGGCUUGUGAGCCUUACCUGAACCUGUCCGACCUGGAGAAGGGAAGCCAGCUGACCCAGUGGGCGGAGAGCGAGGAGCACCUGGCGGUCCUGGAGGGGCCCGGCGGCCUCCGCAGCGUCGAGGGGUCCGAGGCCGCAGACUGCGGGGCGCUCGGGGGAACGGGCCAGACGAAGAGCGGCAACCUGGCGCAGGAGGAGAGGCUGCAGCCCCACAUCCCCAGGCUGAACCCACCCCCUCCAGGGGUGCGCAGGAGGUCCAGCAAAACCACCUCGCCCACCCUAGAAGCCGAGGCGGACGCCACAGCAGUGACCACCAGCACCAGCACCUCUGGGCCCGGCCACGGCACGUCCACGCUCGCCAGCAUCGCCGUCUUCUCCCUGGCCCCCUUGGAGUCUGAGCCCCGGACGCUGGCGAGAGGUCGCACUUGCGGCCGUGCCGAAAACCAGGUGCGGGCCGGGGAGGGGGGACAGGCCCCCCCAGCCAGAGGGACCUCGGGCCGAGCCGAGAAAGGCCCCGCCCGGGAUCCGGAGGGCAGCUUGUCCGGCCGGCGUCCUUUCCUCUCCUCGGCCGGCAAGGAAACCUGCUUGCGCAUCAGUCUCUCGGAGGACGAGCUGGACAGCUCGGGGCCCUGCCUUGCCCGCGCAUAAUGCGCUCGGGGAGCAGGCCGUUGCCCGGCGCGGACCGUGGGGUUUAGAGGCGGCUUGUAGGGCGCUGUGGCGCCAGAGGUGGGGGAGUCUCCGAAAUGGCCACCAGUUCCCGUAUGAGCGGCGCCCAAGGAGCAAAAGUGGGAGACUUUGAGCCGGGAGCCAUGUGCUCUCCGAAAGAAGGGUCUGCCGCCGUUGUCUUCCACACAAGCAGAAGCCUCGACAAACUGGGUGACCCGGGACGGAGGAACACCGAAGGACCUCGUGUCACCCCCCAGGGUCGGGGCCGGCGCCUCCACUCAGGCCAACUAGGCCAUCGCCUAGAGCGCUGAAGUGGAGGGGGCGCUGAACAGCCCGCCGCCUGCAGGGCCGUCUCUGGGCCCGGGCUGGGGAAGGAGGACGACGCGCAAAGCCCCCCCCCGCCAGCCGCGUUGCCACGCAAAGUCCCAUAGGCGCGCGGGAGCGCGAGCCUAAGGCCACCUCGCUG